ACCAUCGGACCGCUCGCGCGCCGCGAUGUUAGUUACCUUUCCGUGUUCUCACUCUCAGCCAGUCCGAUAGCGGCCAUCGCAUUCCCUUUCGCUUUCGCUUGGUUCAUGCCGCCCAUACUGCAACAUCCGAGCCCGCGCCCUGACGCGUGUUGAACUUCAACAUGUUCGUCCCACGAGCUCUCAGGCUGAAGGGCGUCAAAGAAAGCCAGAAGCCGAAGCCGCAGAAGCAACAACGGUCGGAGCAAACCGCCGAAGAGGCCAGCAUCACCAAUGAGGAAGCCCUCAUAAACGCCAUGGAAAAGACAAGUACGACAUCACCAGCUCCGCAACAACAAGAACGCGUUAACCACAAGCAACCCAUCUCCCAAGGAUCUAGGUUCACCAGCAUACCCGUAACGCCGGAGUUCCUUGCUCAAUUGGCUGCGGGGGUCGAGUUGAUCUUCACAGAUUACGCGCAUCAGGACCCAGAGGGCGUGGCGUGGCUCAAAGAGCGAUAUAGGUUUGUGGAUGGCGAGGAGAAAUUCAUUCACCUCACAGCGAUCCUCGAGCAUCCACACAUCUCGAAUCUCAAGCCCCAACCUACCCAAAACCUCCUGCGACAAGCGAUCCGGGAGCAUUCAAGUCCCACACUUGAGCUCUCCGCCAACGGCUUCUAUGUCCGCCGCCGGCCCUCCACGUAUCCAUUCUCAUUUAUCCCGUACAACUCAUUCAGCGUGGUAGACGAUGAAGGGGUGAGCUUUUGGGACCAACGGACCAUCUACGUCGAACCGCAUAUACGCCAUUUGUGCAAGACUCCAGCAAAGGUCGCACACUGGUUGAAAGAGCAUGGGCAGAUUAAGGCAAAGUGGCUGCCAAUUCAGGCAGUCCAUACCUUGUACAACAGUUGCGCUUUCGUUGUCCUCAGCGGAAAUGUCAUGCAUGAGGACGUGUGGAGGAAGUGGAGGGACACCGGAAAACCUGACGACUGGAAGAUCAUGACGAAGGUUGAACAUACGAAGCGCACGCGAGAGUACCUGCAGUUGCUGAAGGAAAAUCAUCCAAUCCCCAAACGCGCUGCCCAGAUCGAGCUGGCGCUCAGUAACCCAAACGCUACUACGACGGCUUCGAAUGCCAGCGGCAACUACAGCAAUCACCAAGCUAAGGGAAAGAAUAAACGAAAGAGGAAGGAGAAGGACAACCAGAAGAAAUCAACUCCGCUUCACGAUGAGGAUACUAACGUGGAUGAUCAUGUAGCCGAAGAGGGUGAUGAAGUCCACUCGAACAAACGCAGAGGCUGAGCAUCCAUGUGUGGGGCUUCCCAUCAGCAACUCGACAUUACCACCAAAGCGCAAGAACUGCAUCAUCGGAAAAUAAUGGUCAUGUCUGCAUCCAUGGAUCCACACAAUGAAGUCCUCACGUGCUCCGGAUGCGCCUGCAGGCGUUGAUAUUGCCACUGACUCGCCAGCACUGACAUCACAAAGUUGCCGAGAUGAUCGCCAUGGCGCGCCUGAUUCGCGCCCGAGGAACCUCAGCUUUGAGGAGGGGAAGAGCCGCGGUUCCUGCUCUAAGCAUCUGGCUGUAUAUUUGGUUUCCGCCGUAGUUUAUACGAUAAUUGAACGGGAAGGCCUUCGCAUCUCGCUCCUCACCUCUGAUUUGUCGAUUUCUCGUCGUCGCUCCCAACCCUGUUGACGCUGCCUCUGGAUUUCAGUUUUACACAAGAUGGCUACAAUAGUAGAGAGGACUUCAGAGGGGAUCAUCUAUAG